UCUCUCCAUUGAUGCCUCUUUUUAUUCUCAGACUCAGCAGAUGAGAGUGCUCUGCUGUUUGAUCUCUGAAGAACCAUAAUUCCUGAAAUCCUCGUACAUCAACCAAAGAGAUCGGUCCAAUCCAACCAAACCCAUCAUUUCAUCACCAACAAACAAAAGCAUCAUCACCAGCUUCUCUGCUUCCCCUCUUACAAUUUCAGUCUCAGAAGUUGUACUCUCUAACACUCCAACCUCUUUUGUCUCUUAAUUUCUUUUAUAAACAAUAUCACCAGUGGACCACUUUUCUAGUGUACCUUGCCUUUGAAGUACCCUCAUUAUUAAUUUGUAUUUCUACCCCCUUAUUUUACUUCCUUCCUUUCCUUUCUCUUUCUCCUUUGGCAGCACCCUAUCCUCUCCCCAGAGAGCAUGCCUGAAUGUCCAGAGAAAGGGAGAUAUCUGAUGAGAUAGGCAAGAAGAUUAAGAGAGAAACUGAUGCUUCUUCUCAUCAUCGAAUGGGAAGAAGACACAUGUUGGGCCCUCCCGGAACCCUAAACACCAUCACCCCUUGUGCUGCCUGUAAGCUCCUCAGACGAAGAUGUGCUCAGGAAUGCUCCUUUGAGGUGCCGGAGAGUCAACGUGCAGAUGCUGCAAAUAGUCUUGUUUAUGAAGCAAAUGUGAGACUAAGAGAUCCAGUUUAUGGAUGCAUGGGUGCGAUUUCAGCUUUGCAACAACAGGUUCAAUCUUUACAAGCUGAGCUCAAUGCAGUUAGGGGUGAGAUACUUAAAUACAAAUAUAGGGAAGCGAAUCUCCUUCCUUCUAAUUCUCAUCAUAUGGCUUUGUUCUCUACUUCGGGGGCUGUUUCGAUUGCUUCCCUGCCACAGACCCCACAGCCGCCUCCCCCGCCACCUCCGCCUCCACCUCUACCUCCUACCUCCUCCUCUUCUUCUAUGUACACUAAUCAACCAAGCACCGCGGACUAUAGCACCCUUUCAAGUGAAAAUGUUUCCUUCUUUGGUUAAAAUCUUAAUUAUUAUUAGACUCAUGAAAUCAAGAGAGAUCGAUCCCAUUUAAUUUUCUUAUUAUGAUGAUUUUUCAAGUGGAAUAAAAUGAUGAUAAAGAGAGAAUUAUAUAAUUUAUAUUA